AUGGAACAGUACCAGCAGAACAAUCCGGGAGAGGACAUGGUGCAGAGGGAGCAAAUCGUGGCCAUCGCCAAAUUUGUCCACUUCCUCCAGGACAACUUCGCUUACCCCGGCUCUUCUGACAAAGACGUCAAAAUGUCAGAGGCCCUCAAGAGACUCGCCGUCAAGUACAAGGAGCACGUGGAGGACAAUCGCCUCGGCUGGUUCGGAAACGGAGACGAUCUGGGCGGACUGUUCAGCGAAUACUUUUCGUCCAGCAUCCUCAAGCUGAUCAGGGAGCUGCCGGCCCCCAAUAUCCAAGACGAAGCUGAGCACGAGGCCAGAGCUCUUGGAGGCCAGAUCGUCUAUCCUCAGGCGGUCCAAGCCAGACCUGCCGAACAGGGAGGCCAGAUUGUUUAUUGCCAAGCCAACGAGACCACCACCGCCUCGAGCCACGUCAUGGGACACUACUGCAUCCAGGUCGUGGAGAAUGGUGUUGUCUCUGCACUCAACCUCCACGGUGAUGGCCCUGUCACCAUCACUGUUGUUGUCCAGAAGAGGGGCAAUCCCAUCCCCAACCCCAACUACAACCCCAACGUGGCGAUCCAGAACGGAUUGGCCUAG